AUGGCACUGGACGUGGCCGACCGAACAGAAGACAUAAAAAACAAAUUCUACCUUAGCAUCAUACUUGGUAACAACAUCGACCUAACGAUGAGCAGCACCGAAAGAUACUAUUUCAAAAAGGACUAUGAAACUUUCAAGCUCCGUUUUACUCUCUUCAAUCUUCUUCCACUGGCCAUUGCGUUCAUGUUUCCUUCAAGGCUGGAUGCUUGGUGGGUGGCCCAUCAUUACCUCGCAUGCGUCAUCGGUGGAGUCGCUCUAACAUGGCCUGACGAUGCUGCUUAUCAGGCUUUCCACACCCAGUUUGUUCUGUUCGCCGGUUACAUUUGCCUUUUACAACAGCUACAGUACCAAUAUCAGAGUGGUUGCCUUCGACGGCUGCAUUCGCUUGGGCAUGGUGAUUGCAUGGAUGUUACUCUGGGUACGCAGAACUUCUGA